ACUUACUGACAUCUAAGCCCUUACAAGAUGGGUAAAGACCUGGUUAUUAAAACGAAUGCAGUGUAAACCCCAUUUUACCAGAUUCACCAAGUUAUGAAAUGCUGGAGUAAGUGGGAGGGGACGGAGAGGGAGAGAGAUCAAGAGCCAGACAGAAGAGGAUAAUGGUAUUUAAAACUUUAAGCACCCAGAUCAUCUCAGUCAGCAGGACUGGACGACGACAGUCACUUCCUACCUCAUGACUCGGUGUGGUAUCUUCUCUGACUGUGUGUGAGCAGGUGUGUGUGUGUGUGGCUGGGAUGUCUCUUGGCGCAGUUAAAGUGUUUAUGGACUGAACUCGUACGCUUGGAGCAGGGACCAUGCUGACCCACCUCAGAGCUCGCAGCAGGAGUUUGUUCCCCAGCUAUAAACCCGGCAAUCGGACCAACGCAGUCAAAGAGCCAGAAGAGCACCUGGACUUAGUCCACACCUUUGUUAAACCAUGGAACUCCAUGCAGGACCUGGGUAGAGACAUCUACGAUCUGUAUGCCGAGUACGAGGAUGAGGAGGUGGAGGAUCAGUUGCUGGUGUCUCCCUCCCGCCUGCUGCACUCUCCAACCAGACAUUUCACACUCAACAUCAACGUUGGAGGAACAGUGUACCACCUGCCCUACAGGUUAGCUGCCAGGUAUCCAAAGACACGGAUUGGCCGGUUGGCCACGUACACGGACCACAGCAAGAAGCUGGACCUUUGUGACGAUUAUGUCGUCCAGAGCAACGAGUUCUUCUUCGACCGCGACCCAGAGAUCUUCCACAACAUCUUCAACUUCUACAGAACUGGAGAGUUGUGGAUUAAAGACGAGCUGUGCCCCCGCAACUUCCUGGAGGAGAUAAACUACUGGGGCGUCAGAAUCAAGAACAGCAAACGCUGCUGCCGCAUCUCCUUCGAGGAGAGGCAAGACGAGCUGAACGACCAGCUGAAAAUACAGAAGCAGCUGAUGGCGGAGGUGGAGAUGGAGGAGGACGAGUCUGUAUUUUAUGGCAUGGCCUUCGGGUCCGUUCGGAGGGAAAUCUGGAACCUGAUGGAGAAGCCGUUCUCCUCCAUCACCGCCAAGCUGAUGGGAGUGGCCUCCUCCAUGUUUGUGCUGGUGUCGCUCGUUGCCAUGACGCUCAACACCGUGGAAGAGAUGCAAUACAAGACGGCGUCGGGUCAGCCCAGCGGUAGAUUCUACGGUGAGUGCGUGGAGUCGUUCUGCAUCACCUUCUUCACCCUGGAGUACCUGCUGCGCCUGCUCUCCACCCCCGACCUCAAGUGCUUCGGGCGCAGCGUGCUGAACACGGUGGAUCUGAUCGCCAUCCUGCCGCACUACCUGCAGAUGAUGCUGGAGUGCUUUGAGGACGAGGACAUGCACCUGCACUCCGGGGACAUCCUGACCGUGGCCCGCGUCGGAAAGGUAGGACAGGUUCUGAGGAUCAUGCGUCUGAUGAGGAUCUUCAGGAUCUUGAAGCUGGCGCGACACUCGACAGGCCUCAGAGCCUUUGGCUUCACACUGAGACAGUGCUACCAGCAGGUGGGCUGCUUACUGCUCUUCAUUGCGAUGGGGAUCUUCAUGUUCUCCGCCAUGGUGUACACAGUGGAGCACGACGUUUACGACACCAACUUCACCUCCAUCCCGCAGGCUUGGUGGUGGGCCGCCGCGAGUAUUUCCACGGUCGGCUACGGCGACAUGUUUCCAGAGACCAACCUCGGCCGCAUCUUCGCCUUCGGCUGCAUCUCCUUCGGCAUCAUCCUCAACGGCAUGCCCAUCUCCGUCCUCUACAACAAGUUCUCGGACUACUACACCAAGCUCAAGGCCCACGAGUACACCGCCGUCACAAAGGCCCGCGGGAAGUUGCACCUCACUCAGAGGGCGGCGAAGAAGUUCAGAGUGCUGUGAUGGCGCUGUGCAGCUGGGUGAAGUGGUCACGUUGUGGAAGCCAACUGCGAGAAGUCGGACGCCAAAGAGUAAAAGCACGGGUUCCUGAUCGUGGAGUCUGCAAACGGUUCCUUAAAACCGGCUGGAGUAAAGUUCCAUCUGAACUGCAGAGGGUGGCAUACUGUUGGAAAACCCUCUACCCACACAUAUUUAAUGUUAGAUUCACAUAAGAUUCACCAGACUUGACCACUGUAAGGAGGACAAAGUUGACCUGGACAUUUUCCUUGUAUUCCUUUUCAUAUAUCAGACAUGUGUAUAUGCAGAAAAUCUGUAGGCCAGGGACAACAUAUUGGUAUACUGGUCACUUUUGAGCAGGCUUUGGUUGGAUGCUCCUCUCAUACCCUGUCACCAGGUUCACAUGUUGGGUUCAUCAAAUACCUGUUGUAGUGCUUUUAAGCUACCCAGUUAAAGACUUGAUUUCUCAAUGCUAACUCCAUUCUCAUGGCUAAAGUUGCUAAUUGUACUGUAAACAAUGACCUGCACAACAGUAUAACAGUUUCUUCACAUCCAAUGGCCACAUCAGAAACCCUAAAAAGGAUGGCAUAGCGGAUGAAAAACUCAGAAGCAGGAGAAAAGGAGUAAAGAAAACAGGAGUCCACCUCCAUACUGUACAUACGCGUGUGAACUAAGUGGCUGGUUGGAAGAAUGGGAGAUGGAAAUAAAAUAAGAGGGAGGAUCGCUGUCUGGCAGACAGUCUUUACGGCACACGCACAUUCACAGUUUGGCCAGACUCAAGCUUGUGCGUGCCCGUUCCAUUUAUAUUCACACAUCUGGCACACCUCCUCCAGACGAUUCCUGGAAAGCAAGCGUAGACCACAGGGACUAUGGCUGCAGUCGUAACAGCCCUUUCUUUCCCGUUAAACCCAGUGCAGGCAGAGCGCAUAAUGAAUGAGAGGAUGUCAGGGCGGGACAAGGUUCUUGUGUUUUUCAUUAGAUCUACACACAUCUGUGUAACAGCUGUCCUCAUCACCUUCAUCGGUGUCCUCUGCCACGCUCUAUUCCUCAGUCUCUAAAGCUCACAUGUAAUCCAGGAUCAGAGAGCGAACGACAACAGGAUAGAAAUGAAUCAAAAGUUAAAGAUCGGACAUCUGGACGAUAGACGUUUUUAUCCGGCCCAUGUGUCUCUGAUAAUAAACCUGUCCCGCUCUGUGUGAAUAAACUGACCAUCGGCGCAGGACCUGUUUCACCACAGCCACAGUGAGACGAAGUAAUAGGUAAGGUUUAGGUUCUGUCCUUCACUGAUGCUGAUCUUGUGUCUGGAAACUAGCAACUUCCAGAUGUUGCAGUGAGAUCACUUAGGGGCUGCUGUCUACAUAUGUUCUCAUGCUGAGCCAUCAGAUGCAGAAAGCAGCAACAAUAGACGUACAGAUCUGCCUUGGUGGCAGUGGCUUCUUUAAGCGCAAAUGUCUCAACUGAUUGAAAAACACUCAAGUUACAGGUGCUAAAUCAGACUCGAGACAGAUCUCAAUACAAUCCAGCUUUUGUGUGAUGUGGUGGAUGAAUAAGUCUGAUCCAUAGAAGCCUUACCUCGCAACUUCUGCUACAGUCUUGAUGCCAGAAACCAUAAAACAUAUAUAACGUACAGCCAUCCUAAUGUUAUGGCUCAUC